CUCCCUCGUCUCUCCUCGUUCCUGUCGUUCCUAAGUUUCCUUCUUCUCGUUCGAUCAUACUAUUUACUUAAUCCCCGAUUCCCCCCGUCCUCCCCUUCCCAGGUCACCGAAACCCUAGUGGAAUCAACGCCGAUGGCCGCCAUGGAGCCUCCGCCCGCCGCCGAACCCGAGCUCGUCCUCUUCUUCGGCAGCUCGUCUUUCCAGGAUCCCGAUAUCGUGGAGGUCUCGCCGUCGGCCUGCACCUCCAGCCCGCCGAAGCCGAAGCGGAGCCAGGUGCUGGUUGUUCCUCAUGUUGUAAUUGAGCUUGUUGGAGAUGAUGAUGGUGUUGUGUCAAUCGGUGAAAGCACUUCAGACUACAAGAACAAAGAAGCUGUCAGAAAUGAUAAAAGCUGUCCAAAGCAACCGAAGGAUGCCUUGCUCAAUGACCUUAUGAGUUCGAGUGCAAAUAAUGAUUCUGAACAUGUCGCACCACUGGAUAAUUUAAAGAGCUAUGAGGCAGGACAACUGGAUCUUAAAUAUUAUGAUGAUGUAGAAUAUGAUUAUGCUUAUGAUGAUGAAUAUGACUACGAAUAUGAUGCUGAAGAUAUUGAAAAUGAUUUUGAUCUUAAUUUGGCUACUAAAUUUGAUGAUCUGGACCUGCCAACUGGCAUUGAGUUAACUGUACCAUGGCUGGAAGUUCCUGCUACCAAAGAGCUAAGCAAGAACAAGGACAAGAUAGUGAUUGAAGAUGAAAUUGAUGUGAAAUAUAGAUCAUUUAAACAACUUGAUACUGUUCAGGAUCAUGAAGAUCAUUAUUUCAGCAGACCAGAUCUUCUAAAAGCUAUUCCAUCUACUAAAAAGCCUUCAAAAGAUUGGUCAAAGAGGAUUCAGCAUGAGUGGAAGGUCUUAGAAAAAGAUCUUCCUGAGAUGAUAUAUGUUAGAAUUUAUGAGGGUAGGAUGGACAUUCUAAGGGCUGUUAUAAUUGGACCACCUGGAACUCCAUAUCAUGAUGGCCUUUUCUUCUUCGACACUUACUUUCCUCCGAACUAUCCCCAAACCCCUCCGAUGGUUCAUUAUCAUUCUGGUGGGCUCAGACUAAACCCAAACUUGUAUGCUUGUGGGAAGGUUUGCCUUAGCCUUCUGAAUACAUGGCCUGGCAGUGGAUGCGAAACAUGGAAUCCAUUAAAUUCAACAAUGCUGCAGGUCUUGAUCUCUAUUCAGGCUCUUGUUCUCAAUACCAAGCCAUACUUCAAUGAGCCAGGAUAUGCACAAACAGCUAAUACAGAUCAUGGGGAGAAGGAAUCUCUGAUGUAUAAUGAGAAUACUUUUCUCUUGUCAUGCAAAACAAUGUUAUAUUCACUAAGGAAGCCUCCAACGCAUUUUGACGACUUUGUGGCUGGACAUUUCCGAAAUCGUGGGCAUACGAUUCUUGUGGCAUGCAAAGCCUACAUGGGUGGUGCACAAGUCGGAUGUGUUGUUGGUGAAGGCGUGCAUGAUGUUAGUAAGGGUGAUAAGAGUUGCUCACCAGCAUUCAAGAGCUCCCUAGAGAAAUUAUUUGAGGAUCUUCUGAUGGAGUUUGCUGUCAAAGGGGCUGACUGCAUUGAAUUUCUGCCUCAGAAGGCUAAAGUUGGAAUAGCCAACACAGCCGAUACUAGCCGGCCGGCCUCCCUCUUCGGCCACUCCCCCGUCAUUCUCACCCUCGUCCUGCCUCCCUGCGCGCUCGCAGCUUCGCCCAUGGCGACGACUUCCUCUUCCCCUCUCGUUAGGGUUUCUCCCAUCUCCUCCGUAAUUCUACUCGCCCUCGUCCUCUCCUCCUCCGCCUCCUCCUCCCCGAUCUCGUACGCCGACCACUGCGCCACGGUCGUCGCGGAAUCCCCCACCACAGGCCACUCCUUGGACGCCACCGCCUUUCGUCUCUCCACCGGUAUCUUCUCCGGCGCCGACGCCUUCUUCGGCGGAAGCGACCGCUCCAGAUCCUUCUUCUUCCGUCGCCGGUCCAUCCUCCCCACCCAGACCCCCGGCGUCCUCCAGAUCAUAGCGACCCUCACCCUCCGCUCCGGCGCCGGUUUCCACCACAUCCGAGGCCGGCACGUACUUGAUCGCUCCGCUGGCGAGUUCCAUCAUGUCCGGCCUCGGAUCCCUCGGACAUUCCCCCAGCGCGGAAUGGUUAGCUUCGAUCUCUCCGGAUACUGGUCUGAGGCCGCUGGGAAGCUUUGCAUGGUGGGGACCGGCCAUGGCCGAUCGCUUGAAGGUGAACCUCUACAGAUUUCUGCUGUCCUAAUGCUCGAUUACCCAAAGAUUACAGACAUCUAUUCGAGCUUGAUUAGUGGGAAUUUGGAGAACUUGGAUGCCGUCGGUAGCUCGAAUCAUUUCGACCCCAUUGCUAUCUUAGCGUAUGCACCGGGGAAUUACGCGUACACACAGAUAUCUCAUGCACAGAAAUCAUGUGCUCGUCUAAAUGCUGUGGAGUCGCUACGGCUUGAGUCUGCUUCUUUCUGCUACUACAUGCAGAGUCUUUCAAGGGUGCGGUUUGAGUUGGAUUUGGGGAAGAAUUGCUCAUCUGGAUUUUGUAGCCCAUUUGCUGAGAUCUCAGAAUCUACUCUAGGUUUCAUGUCUUUCAAUCAAAUACAAUGUUCUGGUGAUGGAAAGUUUCAUAUGUAUAUCGGAUUCUCCAAUACCAGUAGCUUUUACUUUGGCAGUCUCUUGAUCCCCGGGAAGGCACUGGUUGGUGAAGGGGCUUGGGAUCCUCAGAAGAACCGGCUUUGCCUUGUUGCGUGUCAUGUAAGGAGCUUGAACGAUUCUUUGUCGAGAUCUACUGUUGAUGAUUGCACAAUUAGGAUUUGCUUGUGGUUCCCUGCUGUAUGGUCGAUUGAGAGUCGGUAUACUGCUGCCGGGCGUAUUUGGAGUGACAACAAUGAGAAUGAUUCUGGCUCUUUUGACGCAGUCUCAUUCUGGAGCACUGACCGUUAUAUGGGUUCUCUUCCUGGCUUGAAGUACAAUUACACUAAGACAGAAGUUGUGAAGAAGUCUUGUGCAAAUGACAGUUCCAGAAGUGUGGGAAAAAGGACAUAUCCUGAUGCAAAUGCUUUUCGUGAUUUUAGAUUUCAUGUGUCUGUGAAAAAUUCUGAAGGAAAGACGACAUGGGGGGACUUCACCCCAGUUUCAAUUGGCCAGAUGAUUUAUGGUAAUUUGUUUGGAUCCAAUGUAGAUACUAUGCCCUCAGUUAGCGAGGAGCAUCGCAGCCUUCACAAUGUGAGCUAUGGGAUACACUUUACGUUUCCAAAUGCAUCUUCAAGUAUGAAUGAAGCAGAAAAGAUCUCAGCAGAAGGAAUAUACAAUGCUCAAACUGGGUUUCUUUGCUUGGUUGGUUGUCGGCAUAUAGGCUCCUUGGCUGGUAAGAAGGAAGCGAAACAAGGUGAGUCCAUGGACUGUGGAAUUGUUAUCAACAUACAACUUGCUCCUUUGAAUCCCAAAGUGGGGGAGCAACUUAAUGGAACAAUUAGGAGCACACGAGACAAGUUGGACCCGCUUUUCUUUGAACAUCUGGAGAUUACUUCAUUAACUAUCUACAGGAACCAGGCAAUUCAAUCUAUGUGGAGGAUGGAUAUAGAAAUUAUCAUGGUUUUGGUCUCUCUGACACUUUCGUGCAUUUUCAUUGGAUUGCAGCUCUUCCAUUUCAAAAAUAACCCAGAAGUACUUCCAUCGGUAUCUAUCACAAUGGUCGUCAUUCUCACUCUGGGGCAUAUGAUCCCUUUGGUGCUCAAUUUUCAAGCUUUGUUUAGAAUAAGUGGCAGUCAAAAUGUUUUAUUGUGGAGCGGUGGGUGGCUUGAGGUAAAUGAGGUGAUAGUAAGGAUCAUGACAAUGGUAGCUUUCCUACUGCUAAUUCGUUUUCUUCAACUUUCAUGUACUGCAAGAUCAGCUGAUGAAGGCAAGAGGGAUCUGUGGACAGCAGAAAAAAAUUCUAUUAAAACAUGCUUACCUUUGUAUAUAGUUGGGGGGUUGACUGCCUGGUUCGUUCACAGAAUAUCUAAUCAAUCGGAAUUAAAAAGAAGACCACUUUAUGUUACCCAGCCUCAUCAUACUCUGUGGGGCGAUUUGAUGUCCUAUGCUGGCUUAAUACUUGAUGGAUUUUUGCUCCCACAGGUUCUAUUUAACAUAUUCUCUAGCUCCAAAUAUAAGGCUCUUUCUCCUUCCUUCUAUAUUGGAAAUACUAUUGUUCGAGCACUGCCCCAUGCAUAUGAUGCCUAUAGAAGUCACCAUUAUGUGCCUCGUUUCAAUUCAUCCUACAUGUAUGCUAGUCCAUACGAGGGAUUUUAUUCGUUGGUAUGGGAUAUCAUUAUUCCUUGCGGAGGACUGUUUCUUGCAGUACUCAUAUACUUACAGCAGCGGUUUGGUGGUACUUGUCUCUUUCCUUUUAGAAGUAGCAAGCCUAGGGCAUAUGAAUUAGUUCCUGUAGUGAGCUCUUCGAAUAUACAUUGUUAACUGUUAACACUCACUGUAUAUCAAAUAUUGAUGGAGCUUUUCCCCAUCAAGUGACAAUUCUGUUUGGUUACUGUAAAGCUUUCAAUUGAUAAAUGUUAAACUGGACAUGUUUGUUCUGCCUCCCUCCUUUUUGUUCUCAUGUAUUGUAUCUAAAGAUAAAAUUGAGAAAAUUAUGCUUGGUAUGGCACAUUUUGUUUUCUUGUGUCAUGUGAUGAAGCAGAUCCUUCAUUUA